UCCCGGGCGCGAUGAGAGGGGGAGAUGGACCCGAGCCGGCGGGACUGGCACCAUGACAUUGGCCGGCUUCGUGGUGGCGCUGGUGAUAGGGACGCUGCCCGGAGCCCGCGGGCCGGGGCAAGUCUCCGCCAGCCUCCCGGCCGCCCGCCCCCCGCAGCCCCCCGCCGGCUGCCCCGCCGGGGGCUUCCCCGCGGCCCAGCGCCCCUGGGCACCGCCGGCGGCCGCGCUGCCGCGGCGGGGGGCGGCGGGCCGGGCGCCGCGGGGACGCCGCAGCUCCUGCGCCCUGCCCGGCGCCGAGGGGCGGCCCGGCUGCGCCCCUGGGGCCGGCCGGGGCCGCGCCGGCUGCGAGCAAGGAUCAGUGAGACUCCAGGGUGGCAAGAAUGAGUUUGAAGGUACAGUGGAAGUUUAUUUGAAUGGAAUCUGGGGAACAAUCUGUGGGAGCCAUUGGGACAAUAAUGAUGCAACAGUUGUAUGUCGACAGCUUGCACUUGGUGAAAAAGGUACAGCGAAACACAUACCAUUUUCUGGACUGGGCCUUAUUCCUGUUUUCUGGAGUGAAGUGCGUUGUCGUGGUGAUGAAGAAAAUAUACUGUUAUGUGAAAAAGACACCUGGCAGGAUGGAACAUGUCCUCAAAAAAUGGCAGCUGCUGUCACAUGUAGCUCCUCCCUGGCCCCUGUCUUUACUCCGAUCCGGCUGGCUGGAGGGAACAACGGCCACGAAGGAAGAGUAGAAGUCUACCAUGGUGGCCAGUGGGGGACAGUCUGUGACGAUCAGUGGGAUGACGCAGAUGCUGAAGUUGUCUGCCGGCAGCUUGGCCUUGGGGGUGUUGCCAAGGCGUGGGGCCAGGCUUACUUUGGAGAAGGCUCCGGCCCCGUGCUGCUGGAUGAAGUGCAGUGCACGGGAAAUGAACUGUCCAUAGAACAGUGUCCAAAAAGCUCCUGGCGAGAACACAACUGUGCCCACAAAGAAGACGCUGGCGUUUCCUGCACGCCUCUCACAGAUGGUGCACUGAGACUCACAAGUGGGAAAGGCAGUCACGAGGGACGCCUGGAGGUCUAUCACAGUGGGCAGUGGGGCACCGUCUGCGACGACGGGUGGACAGAGCUGAACACGCAGGUGGUUUGCCGGCAGCUGGGAUUUAAGUAUGGAAAAAGUGCAGGUACGGAAAAAGAGAGCUCCUCAGAAGGGAGCUCUGGGCCCAUCUGGCUGGAUGAUGUCAGCUGCUCCGGGAAGGAGACAAACCUUCUGCAGUGUUCACGGAGGGAGUGGGGAAAGCACGACUGCAACCAUCAGGAGGAUGUCAGGCUCAUCUGCCAUCCAGAUAACGACAGCCACAAGCUCUCACUCGGUCCUCCCAUCAGGCUGAUGGAUGGUGAGAAUAAGAAGGAAGGACGUGUGGAGAUUUUUAUCAAUGGCCAGUGGGGCACGAUUUGUGAUGAUGGAUGGUCUGAUAAGGAUGCAGCUGUAGUCUGCCGACAGCUUGGCUACAAAGGUCCAGCUAGAGCAAGGACAAUGGCCUAUUUUGGUGAGGGCAAAGGCCCCAUCCAUGUGGAUAACGUGAAGUGUACAGGAAAUGAGAGAUCCCUGGCAGACUGCAUCAAGCAGGACAUUGGGACGCACAACUGCCGGCACAGUGAGGACGCGGGCGUGAUCUGUGACCACCUCAGCAAGAAGGGCCCUGGCAACAGCAAUAAAGAUUCUCUUGCCUCUGUUUGUGGACUGAGGUUACUACAUCGCCGACAAAAGCGAAUAAUUGGUGGGAAAAAUUCUUUACGGGGCGGUUGGCCGUGGCAGGUGGCACUGCGACUGAAAUCCUCUCACGGUGACGGGAGACUCCUGUGUGGGGCUACUCUGAUCAGCAGCUGCUGGGUGCUCACUGCUGCACACUGCUUCAAAAGGUAUGGCAACAACACUCGGAAUUACGCUGUGCGAGUCGGAGACUAUCACACCCUGGUACCAGAGGAGUACGAGGAAGAAAUUGGAGUGCAACAGAUUGUGAUGCAUAAAGAGUACAGGCCUGACAGCAGCGACUACGACAUUGCCUUGGUGAGGCUACAGGGCCCAGAGGAACAGUGUGCCAGGUUCAGCACCCACGUCUUACCUGCCUGUUUGCCAUUAAGGAGAGAGAGACCACAGAAAACUGCUCCCAACUGUUAUAUCACUGGAUGGGGUGACACAGGACGGGCUUAUUCAAGAACACUACAACAGGCUGCCAUCCCCUUACUUCCCAAGAGGGUAUGUGAAGAGCGCUACAAAAGAAGAUUCACGGGAAGAAUGCUCUGUGCUGGAAAUGUCCAGGAACAGAAACGUGUUGACAGCUGUCAGGGAGACAGUGGUGGACCACUGAUGUGUGAACGUCCAGGGGAAAGCUGGGUUGUGUACGGUGUGACCUCCUGGGGCUACGGCUGUGGGGUCAAAGAUUCCCCAGGUGUCUACACAAAAGUAUCCUCUUUUGUGCCCUGGAUAAAAAGUGUGACCAAACUAUGAAUGUCUGGAAUGAAAACCAAACUUUGAAGCAGGACAAGUUGAAGGGCACAGACAGUGCACAGCUGGGGCCCACAGUGGGUGGAAACAGACACAUUUUCCUGAUACGUGUGUUUUCCUUUUUGUUAAAUCCAAGCUGUAUACACACAACCUUUCCAGUUAGGGAUUACUGUCCUCUGUGGUAAGGAAGUUUAUAUAUUGCAGGAAUGAGUUACAUGUAUCUGAGGGGAAAGUGAUAGCCAGCUGAGAGUAACACUGGAGCAGGACAGCUGGAGAGUUCACUGGGAGACUCACUGUCCACGGGAAGACUGCAGUAGCUCCAAGCUAUUUAUGCUCCAAGCUUCUCUAGAAUUAAUUACAGAUCUCAAUUAAUCUUCAGUCUAGUUUAUUUAAUCAUUUCUUGACUGUCUGCCUAUUAUCCCUAUGAUCUUACACUCAGUCCUCUAAAUUUGACUCAUGUUUCAGCAGCUAAUGAGAUCAUUAGCAGAUUGAUUCUUGCUAAGUAAUUCUGAGUAUGUAUUAAAUGUUAGAAGCUAAAUAAUUGCCAAUAAUCAGAUCCCCAGCUAUUCUGAUAAAUUGUCUCACAGUUUAGUGUGCAGAAAGUACAUUCCCAAGUGAAACAGGUAGUACACUUGACUGUUUCCUCACAAACAUCCUGCACAGCUGCAAGAGCUAAAUCAAAAACAAAUGAACACUUAUUUUCCUUCCUCUAGAUAAGUAACAUUUGUCUGAUUUCUCAAAUUUGUAAUUUUGAGUAAAUACAGCAUUUUGGAGAGGAUUUACUUAUCCUGUUUACCACAGCGUCAGACUAAAAAAUAUCCCGCUCUUCUCAUUGCUGGGCUUUACUUUAAGUAGUGCAAAGAACCUCUGUCAAUCCUACAAGAGAAAGAUGUUGAGCCAAACCUGUCUGACAAGGUCUAUAGUCUUAAACUCCUGUUUUCUACAAGGUAAUAUUUAGACAGCUCACUCUUACUUAGUUGCAGCACUGGUUCAGGUUGAUCUUUACAGGAAAGCUGAGUUUUCACUGACUUCUAAAGUAUUGACACAUCUUGAUUCCAUUUAAUCUCUUUUUCCAAAUACUGUUCCGUAUGCUGUAAAAACUUUGACAACUUAUUAUAAAAAUGCAUCAAUAACCAGCUUACUGUCCUUCUAGAAAGGGUCACCCCACUGAACCUAGAACACAGGACACAGCAGGUUAUCAUCAUCUUAGUGCAACACUAACAGGAUCAGCCUGUGACUGCAGUUGAGAGGCAGCCAGGACAGCUCAGCACCAUCUCCACAAUCCCUGUCAAAGGCCAUUCUGACCAUCACAAGUGUGCUCUGCAUAUUCCAUUAACAAACAAAAAGAUGAACUGAAAAGCUCUGUGGGCCAUGAAACACUCCAGCGUGACAAGUGUGGCAGACGUGUCACCACCUCGUGAUUGUGCAAACUGUGACUAGCAGUGACUGUUUCCCUGUUCCCUAUUCCCCAAACACUCUAUGACAUGUUGUGUGGUGUCUUGUGAAAAAGUGGGAUGCUUGCAUUCAUGCUCUAAGUGGGCAAUCAUUCAUUUCUGUAUGGUUGUGUGUCUCUGGUGUUAUAACAAACACCCACAACUCAACUGCAUACAAAGGGGCAUUGAUAUUGCAGAAGCCCAUGUGAUUGAAAACUUGGCUCUUAAUUUCUCGCUGACCUCACACAUAAGUUUUCAAGGUUCAUGACUAAUUUAAAUAUCUUAUUGGAAAAAUGGUGCUAAACUAGUACAUGGGGUGCUUUAUAUUUUAGUUCUCUGUAAUUCCAUGCUAUUUGAAAUUGUGUGAAGUGUAUUAUUUAAAAAGAUGUCAAAAAUCACAGUACUGUGACCACCUGCUGUUAGACCAAUAUGAAAGACUGUGCUAAUGAACAUUGAAACCAUUACACUUUUACUUAUAUUUAGCCCGUUUAAUUACAAGGGAAGUACGUCUGUCAAAAUGUAUCCACUUGUACCAUCCAAGCUUUGCUAUACAAGACCAUUGAGACUUAUGGUGAAGUAGUCUAUUAGUGCAAUAUAUGCAUUGUGUACAGGGGAAAUAAUCUUUUAGAAGUUGCACCACAGAAAUACGAUACUUGGGGGUGGGAUUAAGCCUGUGUACUAAGUGUAGUAAACAGAUUUAGUACAGUAGUUUGCUAGUACUGCUCUUUAAAUAGGAUGCUUUAUUAGAUUUUAAAAUGUUGCACUACUGUUUCCAUGCUGAGCAUGCCUUUCCAGUUUCUAACAUAAAAUGAAAUUGUCUCCAUGUUAUGCCAUUCUCAUUUUUGUUCAAUGAGCCUGAUGAUGUACAUGUAAACAAUAAAAACUGCCACACUGACUACAA